ACCAUAAAAUGUUCAAAGCGCUGGUUCUUACUUUGUUAGUGCUUAGUUGCAAGCCGCGUCACUCAAGUGCCGCAAAGUCCCAAUUAAUCGACAUUUUAAAGAGUUUAAAGCUGACUGAAAAACUGUUUCGGACAGAUCAAGCCAAACAAGUCGCAUCCUUAGUGAGCAACGCUUUUACGGACUAUGCAAACUCCAGGAAAAAAUCAACAAAUCCAACCAGUCAAGUUUUCACGGGGUUCCUGAAGGUUGUGGGGUUUGAGGCCGAGAAAAUCGCCGCCAUAGCAAUUAACGGGUUAAUAUUUGUGGCUCAAUUGGUAAGUUGGAGCUUCGCUUUGUCCCUGCCGGAAACCACCUGGCGGGUUCCAUGAUUUCAGUUAGGGACCUCCCUGAUGUCGAAGUCCAGCAGGCGGACGGAAAACAUCGGCUCGGAAAAUCCCCUUGAUUGGGUGCUCGAAAAUGCCGACAUCGCCAUCCUCAUGACGAACAUUACCAGUCGCAACUUGCCCGAGUUUGUCAUCGAGUACGUAAAACAGCAAUCUCUGGACGAGGAAAGCGGUUGCGUGCAGCUGUUGAUAUGCAAGAUCUCCCCAUUUAUUUGGGGAAUGCAGGAAGCGUUCGAUUUGACAAAGAGCAGCCUGCGGCUUGGCCAGACCGCCUUCUUUCGAUACCUUCCUGCUAGAGCAGAAGUGCUAAAGCAAAGUGAGGUUUGCGACAGUGAAUAUCCGUAUUGUUACAACUAGCUCUUCAUCAGAGGAUUAUUACUUAAGUAUAAAGAAAAAAUAUAUUCCUUAUACUCUCA